AUGGUUCGCAUCCUAUCUUUCGUUGCCGUGCUUUUUGCCAGCGCCUUCACCGUUGAGGCCGGACAGUACUGUCAAUGCCUGUUUCAGGAUAAGUCCCACUGCUGCGUCUACUCUGACGCCGCGAUUGGUAAUUUGAACUGCCAUAACGUUUGUCUUGGUGCUCACAGAGCCGACGGCAAAACAAACCCCCAUAACCCUCUCGAGGCAGGCACUGCUUGCAACGCCAAUGGCAACUACGUGACUAUCGGCGCUAUCACCGCACAGGGCCGCACACCUUGCUACAAGCAGUGA